CACUUCUCUAUAUUUCUAAACAGGAAAGUAAAUGAUGAUGAUCAGUUUAGAACCUUUGAGCUAUGGGAAAAGAAAAACAAGAUUUUACAUUUUUAAUAAGAUAUUUUAUAGUAUUUUUAAAAAGCAUAUAAAACCCGUAAUACAGAAGUUAGUGUUUUGUUUUGUCUGAAAUGGACCGAGUGGGUGGUACCUUCUAGUGUUCGAGUAAGCUCCGGCACGUGACUUGGAGAUGACCAAUCAGGUGCACCUCCAGGUUUAACUACGUUAAAUGUCAGAUUGCAAUAAACUAGAAGCUGUUGGUCUGGCCCGCGGAAAUGGGCGAGCAUAAUCUUCUUAAUCCUGGGUUUGUGGGACCUUUGGUAAACAUCCACACUGGAGACAGGUUUUACUUCCCGAAUUUUAGAGCCUCAGGGGGACAGCUGGCGGGGCUACCGUCUCUCUCGUACCCUAGAAGGGACAAUGUUUGCUCUCUCCCGUGGAAUCCAUCGGAGUCGUGCAAUGGAUAUCCUCAGUCUUACUUUAGCAGUCCCGUAUCCAUUAACCCCUCUUUUAAUCGAUCCUGUGAAAUAACCCGACUGGAGGAAAGCAAGUGUUAUUAUGGCAAUUCCAGCAGCACCAGAGAGCCGUGCUCAGACAGCAACAACCUCAAACGAGAGGAGCGAGCAAGAGAUACAUCAGUAUCGUCUGAUCACGGGAUGCACAAUGGGAUGAGCAACAGUGGCACCUUCUCAAAGUAUGAAUAUGGCACCGAGCAUCUGACCCAAGACCCGCCAUCCUGUCAGUCCUUGGAGUCCGACUCCAGUACUUCAGUGCUAAACGAAGGAGGAAAGGCUUCAGCAGGCGACCCACAAACCCUGGUAUCGCAAGGAAACCACGCAAGCAAUAUCGCCAGUGGAGGAGGUGCUCCGUGGUACCCGAUGCACACCCGGACCCGCAAGAAGCGAAAGCCCUAUUCCAAACUGCAGCUGGCCGAGCUUGAGGGAGAGUUCAUGAUGAACGAGUUCAUCACCCGGCAGCGACGUAGGGAGCUGUCUGACAGGCUCAAUCUCAGCGACCAACAGGUUAAGAUUUGGUUCCAAAAUCGGCGGAUGAAGAAAAAGAGACUGUUGCUAAGGGAGCAGGCUUUGUCCUUCUUUUAAGGAGGCACAAAAUAUACAUUGCUUAAUGGUAGUCCAACAACAGUAUUACGUUAAUGGUAAUCUACCAUUGGCCCAUUUUACUCUGAAAGUCUUGCCCCACGACGCAUUCAGGAAUCACGAAUAAGAAUUCAAACAUAAUAGGGGUACGCGACCAAAUGAUGGCUCCAGAUGUCUGCUUAUACUAUUCGGUCUGGUGUUUAUUUAAGAGGGUUCGUGUCCAGCAGUUUUGGGCAUGUACAAGCUGAGAAUGUUUUAGUUUUGAAAGUAACAAGCUGUCUAAGCCAUCACUCACUUUAUUAAGUAAUGAACUACUAGUUAUAAGCUGUGAGAGAGCAUUUCGGACAAGCAAAAUGUUUUCUUAUCAGUCUGAAAUGAUCGCUUAAUAUUUAUUGUCGGAGUGUUAAAACCAAUUUUUUGGAAUUAUAACAGUCUUGCCAUGAUCAGUGUUCUAAGCUAGAAAAAAUACAAUAAAACAAACUGAAACGCCAAACUUGGUCAUAAUGAGAAUCCUUAGCUGAUCGUAACUCCCAUCUAUGUUUAUAUUCUGCAAGUUGUCGCUAAGAAAGUGCCGUUCAAACACAGUAUUCGUCAAUAAGAAACGUGGGCAGCGUUAAGCCAUCAACGUCUUAUCUCAGUUCCGCAGUCAUCGCCACGUGUUCUAUGGCACGUUCACGGUCACGGGCACAAAGUUAGUGACCCAACUCAUAUCUUGGGCCCUUGAGAACCAAACUGCCAUUACAGAACAGCUUUUAUGAAUAGACUUUGAUCUAGCCUGUGAAAUGUCAUUCUGACAAAUGUUAGGAAAUUACUUCUGCAACUUGGUAUUGUAAGUGUAAAUUGGUAGGCCUGCAGCUAAGCCGCACAAACCAACAAAAUAUUUACCCAUAAUAUAGUGAAAAUCUUUAUAAAUGUCUCUGUCAUAUUUGCAUUUUUAACAGCAUAAAUUUCCCAUUAACGAUUGCUUGUCCCUUGUUCUGCUUUAUUUGGAAAUAUUCGCUUAGGUCUACUUAAUUAAUUCACAACAGUGCUUUUGGGAGAGAAAUGCAUGGUCAAGUAUAUUAAGAAGACGCGCAAUUAUAAAUUAAAACAAAGAUUAGGUCAUUUUAUAAUUGUAAUGGAAGUAGCAAUCAUACUGAAGAGACCAGAUUUAAAUCCCAUAUUAACGAGCUUGUUUUGCUUAUUAGCGGGACCCAUUGUGUUAUUUGAAACAUUAUUUAUCCAGAUCAGGAAUCAUAUAACAGUGAAAUAGUUCAUAUUUGCUGCAUGAUUAUAAUGACUGUAGUUAGAAGGUAAAAAAAAAGAAGCAAACGUUUUUCCGACUUUUUUUGUCAACAAGGCGCAUGUCUUAUUUUAAAACACCUUAUCAAAAACUUAAAAGAACGUUGAAAAGAUACAGACAAGAAUGUGGUCAAAAGUUGGUUUCAUUAAAUACAGCUUAUUCGUUUGUAGUUUAUUAUUAUUAUUAUUAUUAUUAUUAUUAUUAUAGCGAAUUUGGCAUAAGUCGGUGCUACGUUAUUUUCUGAUAUUGAUCUGAGUUCGACGAGUGGCAUUUUCUUUACAUCCUAUUUUAGUGAAUCUAUAAAAAAUACAAAAACAAUUAUAUGAAUGGCAUCAUCAGCAACUAUAUCGUCACGUUUCUCCCCUUUGGAUUGUUUUGUGAAAUUGUCUAUGAUGUAUAAUUUUUCUGUGUUGUUCUGUGUAAAUUUGUGAAUGCACCAGUGCCGCAUUCGUUUGUACCUUGCGAUUAAAAAUGUCUUGUAAAUAAUGUUACAAGUUCCUGAAUGUAUCCAUAUAUGUGUAACCCACAGUUUCUGAUUAUUAAAGUCUUUAAACUUA